AUGGCACGACACUGGAUCAUAGGAGCUCUUUUCUUGGGCUGUGUCCUUUUAGGCGAAGCCUGCAAAGACACGGAGCAGUGCGUUCUUGAGGAGCGGUGCGCAGAACAGCCUGCAUUUACGUACCGUUCAUUAUUAUGUCAGUCUCCUUAUGUUUGCUGUGCGGAAGUCAAAAAGGAUGAGGCGAGUGCCUGCAAAGGCACGGAGCAGUGCGUUCUUCAGGAGCGUUGCGCAGUAGAGGCGCCUCCAUUUACGUACCGUUCAUUAUCAUCAUCAUGUCAGUCUCCUUACGUUUGCUGUGAGGAAGUCAAAAAGGAUAAGGGUAGUACCGAGAAAACUGGCUCUUCUGAAGACAACGAGUGCGGCCGGAGCAAUCCGAAUGGUCUGGACGAAAACAUGGAAGUAUGUGAAGGUCAGACGUAUCCUGGGCAAUUCCCCUGGACGAUCGCUGUCUUCAUUAAGGGCACAUACAUAGGCGGCGGUACCCUAGUUGCCCCAGGAGUUGUGCUCACUUCUGCUCACAAGCUGCGCCACGUAUCCGAGGCCGACAUUGUGGUCAGAGCUGGAGAGUGGGACCAUUCCACUGAAGCCGAAGAGUUCUCCCAUGAGGAGAGCAGAGUAAAGGAGAUAGUGCGCCAUGAGGAAUUUAAUUACUCAACUGGAGCCAAUAACUUGGCGCUUCUCUUCUUGGAGACACCGUUCGAAAUCAAAGACCAUAUUCGGACCAUCUGCUUGCCCAACGAGGUAAAAUCCCUUGUGGGAAAACGAUGCACGGUUGCCGGAUGGGGAAGGCAGUCGUACCCUGUGAAGUAUAACUCGGACAUCCUGAAGAAAAUCGAAUUGCCCAUGGUAAGCCGUGACACCUGCCAGAGGCAGUUGAGGAACACCGUUAUGGGGCGCACUUUCUCCCUGGCUCCUAGCUUAAUUUGUGCCGGCGGCGAGCUCGACAAGGAUGCUUGCCUGGGAGACGGCGGAUCUGCCCUAUUCUGUGCUCUCGAAGAUGGUUCGGAUCGCUACGAGCAGGUGGGCAUCGUCAACUGGGGCAUUGAAUGCGGCAAGAAGGACGUCCCGGCAACGUACACAAAUGUGGCCAUGUUCACGGACUGGAUUGAUCAGCAGUUGAAGGGUCAUUCUGCACAAGUGCGUCAACCUGAAGUUCCACGAUUCCAAUUCAGGAAGACAUAA